AUGCACGGCGCAUGCUCCAUGCGGAGGUUCCACCCUCCCCUCGCUCUGGCAGGCACGCAUUGCGCAUGCUCGCAUCUCGGCAGCUCUAAGACUGCCACGCCGCCAUGGGCCGCGCCUCUAAGACUCCUAAACGCAGAAGGAGCUCGGGCGCUACGGCCGCCACAGCCCCUCCCUCGUCCUCACCGCAGCCGCUUGGCCCCACCAAAGCCUCCUGCAAAAGCUCCGAGGGCCGCGGGGCGCGCGUGGCUAGCGGCGGCGUCGCCUCGUGAUGACAUCGUCGCGAUGACGCGGCGCAGUGACGUGAACGCGGGCGCCCUUGUUUGGGAGCGCGGCCGGCGCGCCCGUUUUGAAGCUGCCCUGAGCAGCGCGGGCCGGACCGCGCCGCCUCCUCGGUCCCCGCGCCCCGCGAGUCCGCGCAGUUCCCGAGGUGCGGGCCCUGUUCUCUGCGCCGCGCCCCCUCAGCGGGCCGUGCUCGCAUCACCGGGGCGGGGCGGGGCGCGGGCGUCCGGGGGCGCCCCGGGCCCAGCCCCCGCCAUGCCGCCCGGCAAAGUGCUGCAGCCGGUCCUGAAGAUGAAGGUGGACGAGCUGUUCCUGUACUGGCUCAGCGAGGCCAGCACGCAGCGGAUGCUGCAGGACUGCCUGCGCCGGAUCAAGGCGCCCGGGCGGGACCAGCCGACCGCGGGGGACGGGGAGCAGCCCGGGGCCUGGCCCACAGCCCCGCUCGCCGCCCCCAGGUCCAGCGGGCUCGAGCCCCCGGGAACCCCCGGGCCGGGCCCUGCGCUGCCCGUGGGCGCCGCCUCCAGCCCCAGGAACGCGCCCCACGCUCGAGGCACCCGUAGAUCCGCAGGGACGAAAGUAGUUCAGACGCGGAAAGAAGAGCCUCUGCCCCCGGCCACGAGCCAAAGCAUUCCGACCUUCUACUUCCCCAGAGGACACCCGCAGGACUCCGUCAACGUGGAUGCCAUCAUCAGCAAGAUCGAGAGCACCUUCGCCCGGUUCCCCCACGAGAGGGCCACCAUGGACGACAUGGGCCUGGUGCACAAGGCCUGCAGCUGCCCCCUCUACUGGAAGGGGCCGCUCUUCUAUGGCGCCGGCGGGGAGCGCACGGGCUCCGUGUCCGUCCACAAGUUCGUCACCAUGUGGAGAAAAAUCCUCCAGAACUGCCACGAUGACACGGCCAAGUUCGUCCAUCUGCUCAUGAGCCCCAGCUGCAACUACCUGGUGCAGGAGGACUUUGUCCCCUUCUUGCAGGACGUGGUGAACACGCACCCGGGGCUGUCGUUCCUGAAGGAGGCGUCCGAGUUCCACUCGCGCUACAUCACCACGGUCAUCCAGCGGAUCUUCUACGCCGUGAACCGGUCCUGGUCCGGCAGGAUCACCUGCGCCGAGCUGCGGAGGAGCUCCUUCCUGCAGAAUGUGGCGCUGCUGGAGGAGGAGGCGGACAUCAACCAGCUGACCGAAUUCUUCUCGUACGAGCAUUUCUAUGUCAUCUACUGCAAGUUCUGGGAGCUGGACACGGACCACGACCUGCUCAUCGAUGCGGACGACCUGGCGCGGCACAAUGACCACGCCAUUUCUACCAAGAUGAUCGACAGGAUCUUCUCAGGAGCAGUCACACGAGGCAGAAAAGUGCAGAAGGAAGGGAAGAUCAGCUAUGCCGACUUUGUCUGGUUUUUGAUCUCUGAGGAAGACAAAAAAACACCGACCAGCAUCGAGUACUGGUUCCGCUGCAUGGACCUGGACGGGGACGGCGCCCUGUCCAUGUUCGAGCUCGAGUACUUCUACGAGGAGCAGUGCCGAAGGCUGGACAGCAUGGCCAUCGAGGCCCUGCCCUUCCAGGACUGCCUCUGCCAGAUGCUGGACGUGGUCAAGCCGAGGACUGAAGGCCCCGAAGGUGAGGCCGGGCUCACGCGCCUUGGACGCACUCCCCUCCUCGCAGGGAAGAUCACGCUGCAGGACCUGAAGCGCUGCGAGCUGGCCAACGUCGUCUUCGACACUUUCUUCAACAUCGAGAAGUACCUCGACCACGAGCAGAAAGAGCAGAUCUCCCUGCUCAGGGACGGUGACAGCGGCGGCCCCGAGCUCUCGGACUGGGAGAAGUAUGCGGCCGAGGAGUACGACAUCCUGGUGGCCGAGGAGACCGCGGGAGAGCCCUGGGAGGACGGCCUGGAACCCGCAGGGUGUUGUGGUGGAUGUCAGGGCAGACCACGGCCAGCCUUGAGUGAGCCCUGCUGGUUUGUGUGCCGUCCUCGUUCCCAGUCCUGGGGGACGUCUCCCCUCACACAGCGAUAGCAGACCCCACGUUAGCUGAAAUGGGAAAAAACUUGAAGGAGGCAGUGAAGAUGCUGGAGGACAGUCAGAG